GAAGUCGCGGCGGCGGCCCAGGAAUACGGAGAAAAAAGCGACGCGGUUUCUCAUCGAGGGAACUGCUGCGGGGCUUUGACCUCCUGGGGGGUGGUGCGUUUCAUCCAUUGCCGGCAAGGGCGACAAGGCCGGGCCCUCGGUCUCCGCCCAGGCUUACGCGCUCGCUCCGAGCGCUUCGGCGCGCCCCGGCCGGCCCCCUCCGGCCUUGGGCGCCGUAUUUUCCGGGCGGGCUUUUAGUUAUGAGGGCGGAGAGAGGAUUCGCCCUGUUCCUGCCCAUAGAUGUUGCCGAGGCCCCAGGCAGCACGCAGCCCCAUCUAUCAGGCCCGACCGUCGUACAGGAUUUGCCCCGGAAGCUGGCGGAGGUGUGUCAGCACAUGCUGACGCGCAGGAUUCCAGGUCGCAAACCCCGGCGGCGCCCCCGCUCUGCGGAUGGGGUUUGCGAGGCAGCGAAAUGCUGCGCGUUUGUUAGUUAUUGAAAACCGACGCCACUGCCGCUGGUCGCUGCCGGGGGCGCAACGGGGUCCACGCGCGCGGCCGCGGCCGGCGGAAAUCACGGCCCGAAGGGAGGAGGCGGCGCGCCUUUUUCCCGGCGACUGCACUGCCUGGGGCAUUCGGGGUUUGUGUGGUGCCUCUGCGGACGACGGCGGGCCCGCCUGGGUGGCUUGCAGUCCCCCCGCCGGCCGCGUGGGCUUUGGGCCUGCCUCUGCCACGUUGCCCCAGAAGCCGCUGCCGGAUCUACGCUGCGACCGCGCGCCGACGCACUGAGUGACUGGAGAGGUGAGCACAGAGGGGCGGGGGGGGGCCAAAGCGGGCACCUUGCGGGGGCGCGGGCGUUAGCUUCUCGCUGCGCCCUUCAGCCUACACCUGAACCCCAAGCAUAACGCCUCCAACACCCGCGCGGCUUUGGAAAAGUUGCGGAGCAAGUGCAGCCAGGGCCUGCCAGGCGAGACGCUUGCGCAGUUGUCUGCUUGGUACGCGAGGAGCUACCUCAGCAACCCCCUCUACGGGCAUGGCGCCUGCGGGCCGCGGAGGGCCGCGCGCCUGGGAACCGUCUCCGUGGGCCCAUUGCCGUAGUGCGCGCGCUCCCGU